CCGGGAACAGAACCUGGAAGCCCCGGCGGCAGUGGGGCUGUUGCUGUUGCUGUCGCUGCCCGUCAGGCUGCCGUCUCUUGUCGUUUCCCAGCGCUGCGCAGGACUUCUCCUGGCGGCGCUGCGGGUCCAGGGGGUCGGCUGCCAGGUACAGGUUUCCUAAAGACAAAAAAAAAAUGGAGGAAUCUAUAAACCAAAUGCAGCCACUGAAUGAGAAGCAGAUAGCCAAUUCUCAGGAUGGAUAUGUAUGGCAAGUCACUGACAUGAAUCGACUACACCGGUUCUUAUGUUUCGGUUCUGAAGGUGGGACUUACUAUAUCAAAGAACAGAAGCUGGGCCUUGAAAAUGCUGAAGCUUUAAUUAGAUUGAUUGAAGAUGGCAGAGGAUGUGAAGUGAUACAAGAAAUAAAGUCAUUUAGUCAAGAAGGCAGAACCACAAAGCAAGAGCCUAUGCUCUUUGCACUUGCCAUUUGUUCCCAGUGCUCCGACAUAAGCACAAAACAAGCAGCAUUUAAAGCUGUUUCUGAAGUUUGUCGCAUUCCUACCCAUCUCUUUACUUUUAUCCAGUUUAAGAAAGAUCUGAAGGAAAGCAUGAAAUGUGGCAUGUGGGGUCGUGCCCUCCGGAAGGCUAUAGCGGACUGGUACAAUGAGAAAGGUGGCAUGGCCCUUGCUCUGGCAGUUACAAAAUAUAAACAGAGAAAUGGCUGGUCUCACAAAGAUCUGUUAAGAUUGUCACAUCUUAAACCUUCCAGUGAAGGACUUGCAAUUGUGACCAAAUAUAUUACAAAGGGCUGGAAAGAAGUUCAUGAAUUGUAUAAAGAAAAAGCACUCUCUGCGGAGACUGAAAAAUUAUUAAAGUAUCUGGAGGCUGUAGAGAAAGUGAAGCGCACAAGAGAUGAGCUAGAAGUCAUUCAUCUAAUAGAAGAACAUAGAUUAGUUAGAGAACAUCUUUUAACAAAUCACUUAAAGUCUAAAGAGGUAUGGAAGGCUUUGUUACAAGAAAUGCCUCUUACUGCAUUACUAAGGAAUCUAGGAAAGAUGACUGCUAAUUCAGUACUUGAACCAGGAAAUUCAGAAGUAUCUUUAGUAUGUGAAAAACUGUGUAAUGAAAAACUAUUAAAAAAGGCUCGUAUACAUCCAUUUCAUAUUUUGAUCGCAUUAGAAACUUACAAGACAGGUCAUGGGCUCAGAGGAAAACUGAAGUGGCGCCCUGAUGAAGAAAUUUUGAAUGCAUUGGAUGCUGCUUUUUAUAAAACAUUUAAGACAGUUGAACCAACUGGAAAACGUUUCUUACUAGCUGUUGAUGUCAGUGCUUCUAUGAACCAAAGAGUUUUGGGUAGUAUACUCAAUGCUAGUACAGUUGCUGCAGCAAUGUGCAUGGUUGUCACACGAACAGAAAAAGAUUCUUAUGUAGUUGCUUUUUCCGAUGAAAUGGUACCAUGUCCAGUGACUACGGAUAUGACCUUACAACAGGUUUUAAUGGCUAUGAGUCAGAUCCCAGCAGGUGGAACUGAUUGCUCUCUUCCAAUGAUCUGGGCUCAGAAGACAAACACACCUGCUGAUGUCUUCAUUGUAUUCACUGAUAAUGAGACCUUUGCUGGAGGUGUCCAUCCUGCUAUUGCUCUGGGGGAGUAUCGAAAGAAAAUGGAUAUUCCAGCUAAAUUGAUUGUUUGUGGAAUGACAUCAAAUGGUUUUACCAUUGCAGACCCAGAUGAUAGAGGCAUGUUGGAUAUGUGUGGCUUUGAUACUGGAGCUCUGGAUGUAAUUCGAAAUUUCACAUUAGAUAUGAUUUAACCAUAAGCAGCAGCACGAUCCAGAGAUCCAUUGCCAUCAGUGAUCUCACUAAAAAUAUACAGCUACUUCCCAGCUAAUCUCCACCCAAUGAAUGAUGAUGGUAUAGUAUGUGCAUAAUGGAAAGUUACCUUACCGAAGAAAAAAAAAGAAGGAAAAAUAAGAUGGGCCCAAAGGUCUAUCUACUAAACUAGCUCUUGGGGAAAUAGCUUCAGGAUACUGUAGUUUCCUCUAUCUAAUAGAGAACUUUUUGUUAAUAGACACUGUAAAAUAGUUUUGCUUUGUUGAAUAAUAUGUGUGUACUUAAAAGAGGUAAGAGCAAAAAGUGUAAUUCCACAUCAUGUCACUUGAGAAGUGCUUAACAUUUUCUUAAAUGUUUUCAUUGGGAAAGGACAGCUUUGAUAAUGUCCAAAUACUCUGAAAUGCACUAGACCAUAUAACUGUGAUGGAAUAUGAAACUCAUCUGUAAACUUUUAUACUAAGGGGGUAAAAAAAAAAAAUAAGGCAUUUGAUUAAAUUAUGAAUGAGUUUUACAAAUUCCUUUCAGACUUUUACUAACAUCACACAAAUAACAGCUUUCUUAUUCAGUGAAAAAGAUAUUUUAUUUCUGAUGUUUUAUUUGCACUUGUGGAAUAUGUUACCAUUAAUCAGAAACAUCAUGGCAACCCCUAAGAAUAGACUAAGUUUGUGUUGGCUGAGGGAUUCUAUUUGGUUUGCUUUUUUUUUUUUUGCUUUGUUAUAUUUUAUUGCUAAAAGGGGUGUGACUUGAUAAUGAUUUCCUCUGAAUUAUAAUAACAUAGCCAGAUGUAGUCUCACACUUUUUUUCAUACUCUUAAGUGAAAAUAAUGUUUCAAGCGCUUAACUCCCCCUCAUUCACAAAGGAUAACAAUUAAAAUCUCAAUUAUAACCAGUUUAGCUUUUUCUUUACUUUUAAAAUAAAAUUUUUUACUUUUAACUAUUUUUUUAGUCAAUAUUUUUAAAAGUAUACAUGUCAAUGGCCUCUUUGUCCAUUAUUCAUUUUGUGGCAAAAUAUUCUUCUUUGAUAGUGUAAAGAAAUAAUAAAGCAAUCUAGGUCCUUUAGGUUUGAAAGGCAAUUUUUGAGUAGCAUAUUACCAGCUAGCCAGUCACUAGGAAUUUUUUUCAAUAUUAUUUGUAUGUAUGAAACUUUUCAUUACACUAAAGUGCAUUAUUUUAUUGAGCAAGUAUCCUUCAUUGUGAGGUUUAACAUUAAAGCAGUCUAUUGAAAUGCCAUUAUCUUUGCUCACAAUUUUAUUACGGCCGUCUAAGGUAGCUUACACAUAAAACCUAUUUGCAUAUCUGUUGUUCUCUAAAUAUUAAUUGAAGAUUUACUGAGGGUUUGUAAGAUCCUUCUCACUGUUAUGUGAAAAGUCAAACUGUAGUUAAUGUAAACUAUAGCCUUUUAGGUGCUUGGGGGUUAGAGGGUUUACGUUUUUUGGGAAAGGGGGACUUUAGUAGUCUGAGGAUUUCUGUACAUAUUUUCUUCUGUUUUAUGUGAAAUUUGGGCUCUGAGAAUAAGACAAUGUUCCUUUCAAAUUUAUUUGACAUAUUAAUGCUGGUUUUGAUACGUAUCCAUUCCUUCAAGGCAACUGGUAUCAGUUUUUAAGUGUGAUUUACCUGAGAUAUUUUUGUUCACCAAAGUUCAUAGCACCCUCACCCCCACUCCAGAGAUGCAUUGCUUCUGAUGUUGUUCACGUUUUUAACCCUGUCAAGCAUUGAACUGAAUAUAUUAGCUGCCUUUGACACAUUAAAAUAUUACGUUCAGAUUGAAUUUAAAGUUUAAAGAGACUAAUAGAAUUAUGUAAUAGUUACUGAAUUCUUUAAGUAAACCCAAGAUCUUAAAAAUUAUAACAUGAUCAUUUUAUUCCUAAUAGAAAUGUUAAAUAUAGUACAAAAAUGCAUUACCUUCAGUUGUGUACUAUUUCCAUAAUACUUUUAGACAAAUAUAUCUAUAAGUUAAUAUUAAAUCCAUCAAGGAUACAUAAUUGGAUGGAUAUGACCUUUCUGAAAUAUUUAGGUAGCUCUAAUUAAAUGGACUAGGGUAACAUUUAAGAAAGAAAUGAUAAGUAGGAGAAGCUACCACAGAAGGUAACUUUUCAAAUCAUGGCACAUUCGAGCUGGAAGAAACCUUAGAAACCUAAAAGCUAAUUUUUUAAUUUUUGUUAGAGAGCUGAGGUCCAAGACAGAGUGUGAUUUUGAAGUACUAUGACCUAGAAAUCUUGGUCUCUUCAUUCCUGUGCCAGAAUUUAUUUCCCCACAACAUGGGAAUACAUGAUCUCAGAAGAGUAGAGGAUAAAAUAAAAUUAUUUAAGACUUUUACUUUAUUGAGUUAUUAGGAAAUAAUGUAUAUACAUGAUUGCUUUAGGAGUAGAAAAACAGAAUGGGAACAUGUAUAAUCUUGUAAUUCAUAGGAAUCCUCAAGCACAAUUAACCUGUGUUGCUAUAUAUAUCUACAUAUAUAGAGAAAAAACAAAAACUUUACCUCAUUAUGAAUAAAAUGUACUGAAGUGAUAAACAAGUUUUUUAUUUCCUGAGUUACUUUUAGGAUUACUGUUAAAUUAAUAUUUGGGAAAAUACAGCUUUUAAAAACAAUCCUAGAAGAAUAAACUUUAUUUCCUAGGUAAUAUGUAAAUAGUUCCAGGAUAUAGUUGUAAUUAGUAAAACAAAAACUAAUCUUAUAAUCCCACCCUUUAUUAGUUGAAAGUUCUUGGAAAUUCCAUUUAUUAAUACUUAUAUUAUUUAGUAAUCUAUUUUAUGAGAGUGUUAGUGAGGCAAGAUGCUAGUGAAUGGAAUUUAGUGUUACCCUUUGGCACCUCCUUUGCUUUAUCUAACUUACUGUGUGACUGUAGACAACCAGUUUAACCUAAGUGAUUUGAUUUUUUUAUCCUUAAAAAGUAACAUAUCUGUGCUUGGAUCAUAGAAGAAUCAGUGAUUUAAUAUUUGUAUAAAAAUUGAAACUGGGAAGAGGGCUUGCAAUACAAGUUAGAAUUCUUUUUUCUUUUUUUUUUUUUUAGUUAAAAACAUUCUUGUUAAUAAGAUAUGUAUUUCGAAAGAUAAAAUGUUUUAGAAAAAUAGCUCACUCAAUAGGCCUAACAGUGUUUUAAAACAUUCCUGUUCAGAGUAGAAAAAUUUAGAAGAAAAAUUUUCACAGCUAAAGUAUUACCCAAAAAGUCACUAUUCUCUACUAAAGAGGGAGAAAAAAUAUACUCCAACUCUAAGAUCUUCUUGGAUAGACCUAGAAAAACAAGCUUAUACUCUGAGGAAAUGCUGUUAACAAACUUUUUUUUUUUUUUUUUUUUUUUUUUGAGACAGGCUAUCCCUUUGUCACCCAAGCUGGAGUGGCAUGAUCACGCUGACUGCAGCCUUGACCUCCCAAGCUCAAGUGAUCCUCCCAAGUAGCCAGGAACACAGGUGUGCACUGCACUACCAUGCCUGCCUUUUUUUUUUUUUUUUUUUUUUUUAAUUUUUGUAGACACAAGGUCUCACUACGUUGCCCAGGUUGGUGUCAAACUCCUGGGCUCAAGGGAUCUUCCUGCCUUGGCCUCCUAAAGUGCUGAGAUUAGAGGCAUGAGCCACUGCACCCAGCCAACAAACAUUCUCUUAAUCUUUUAAAGUAACCAGUAAAUCUACAAAUAGUAAAGUACUAUUUUCAUCAGGGAUUUUUUUUUCUUAUUUUCUAGAUUUUACAGAAACAAUGUGAAAUUAUUUUGGAAAGAUAAGGUAGGAUUCUUGAAUAAAUUUGAAGGUCUCACAAUUAAGUGAGAAACACCUUUAAAAGCAUAGUAAAGCUACACCUAAAUAACUAAAGGCUAAAUCACUGUAAUGUUUUGUUGGACUUACUUUAACUUGACCUAUUGUAGCCACAAAUAACAAAUUUCUUGGUAACUGAUGCUAUUACAGUAGGUAAUCAAAAAUGAAAAAUUCUAGUCUUAUAUACUGCAGGUUUGGGGUGCUUGUUAAGGCACUAUCCCCUCUGGAGAAAUGUCAUAUGGCAUCAGUGUAAACAUGCACAAGAAAGAAUUUGUAAACAAAAUGACAGGUUAAUCCAUGAAAUUAGUUGUAUGUACUGUUUGGAUUUUAUUUACUGUUUCCUUGAUGUCUGUUUCCUCAUCUCUUAUUUGUUGGAAGAUUACUUUUCUACCUCUUUUUUUUCUUUUAAAAUUCCUUUCUUAGAUUUCUGUCCUCUCUUUUUCUAGUCCUUCUCUAUCUGGAUAAUAAAAUGAAUGACAGGAAGGUCACCCACGUAGAGGUUUGGGAUGAACCUUUUGCAGAUAGCUUUUUGUUUCAUACAAGUAUAAGAUCAUAUUUUCUUUUUCAACUUAGUAAUAGGCAGGCUUCUUGGAACAAUAAGUAGAUGGAUACACUCUCUUCCCAAAUCAAAUUAUACUGUAUAUCUUUUAUAUUAAAUGUUUGCAGAAAUUCUGUGGCCUUUAAGAUCAGUUAUUCAGCCUUUGUAAUUAUGUUAUCUAGCUAUGUUGAAAAGAUAAGUGCUUACUAUAUAAGCACUGUUAGAAAAAUAAUUAACUGAUUACUCUUUCAGAAAAUAGCAGGUGUCUCAAUGCUUUUAUUUCCAUAAUUAUAAAGAACAUUGUUAAAAUCUUUGGUUUACUAAAUAUUUCACUGAGCAUAUAUAGAGAUACAUUGCUUGUGGCAUAAAAAGUCUUGUAAAUAACUUACUCACAUUUGGCUUUUUUUAAUUGGUACAUUUUUUAUUUGCUUUUUUGAAAAUUAUGAAGUUAAAAUUUAAUUCUAAGGUAGUAUUUUUCAUGCAUAAAACUAAUAAUGUAGUUAAGCAUACUGUUUGAAUAAAAUUAUAAUAAAUGGCACAAUUCCUUAAACCCUGAAAAUACCAAGUUAUAUUGGAAAAUAGUGGAAAGAAACAAACUAGUGGAGAACAUCUUAGAAAAUUCUAUUGUGGAAAUUAAGAUGAUUAUUUUCAGUGAGAAUGAAUUUAUAUAUACAACAAAAAUAUACAAAAGCUAACCUUCUCAUCCUAAAAAGAUUUUUUCCCUUUGCUUCUAUUUAGCCCUGCCAUGUACCACAUUAAUUUUAUGAACAUAAAUGAUAUUUAACUUUUCUUUUCUUUUUUUUUUUUUUUUUUUUGAGACAGAGUCUCACUCCGUCACCAGGCUGGAGUGCAGUGGCACAAUCUCAGCUCACUGCAACCUCCAUUUCCCAGGUUCAAGCAAUUCUCCUGCCUCAGCCUCCCAAGUAGCUGGGAUUACAGGCACGCACCACCACGCCCACCUAAUUUUUGUAUUUUUAGUAGAGAUGGGGUUUCACCAUGUUGGUCAGGCUGAUCUCGAUCUCGUGACCUCGUCAUCUGUCCGCCUUGGCCUCCCAAAGUGCUAGGAUUACAGGCGUGAGCCACCGCACCCAGCCAACUUUUCAUUUUAAGUUGUUUAAAUUUAUGCACUUUUAGAUAUCAGAAUAUAUGCUUGAACAAAGGAAAAAUUAGCUAUAUGUCUGCUGGUUUCACUUCGAUGUAGAUAUGGAUAUGUGGAUAAAGACAGUAAAUGAAAUUAAACCCUUGCUAUUUUAAAUAUCAUUACCAGAUAUAAUUGAUGGAAUAUUAUAUCAACAAACUUAUUGAAACUUGGCUUUAUUUGUAACGUAAACUAUAUAUAAUCCAUACGUAGCCAGAUUAGAUUUAAAAUAAUACAAUUAAUGAAUAGUACUCAAAGUGUUUUUGUUGCACUGUUACUCUGAAUAUGGACUCUCUGUAUCUGGUAUGGCGUGACUGGGCAUAACUUCUGUAAUGUAUUUCAGUUACAUGUUUUUCUUUUAUUGCCAGCUUCUGAUAAUGAAAUUUUCCAAAGGGAUGAGAUAUAAGAAUCAUCUUUUAUAAAAACCAGUGGGAAGUGGGGUAUUAUAAUCUAAUUCUAAACUGUCCAUUUGCUUUAUAUAAAGGCUUUGAUUUCAAUAACUGACCAUUUGAUGAAUAUUUAAAUUACGCAGAAUAAUGUCUACAUAGAAUAAACUUAAGUAUUCAAGAGCCUUAAAGUGAAAAAAUGAACCUUUUGACUGCCUUAAAAUAUUACUUGCUCUGUAAUUCAGGCAUACUAGUUACUUUCCUUGGGGUCUGUUUAAAUAAUGCCUUAAUAGUGUUCUAAUGUUUCUGAAAUACAGAACUCAAAGGGUCUUUUAGAGCUUUUAAUUUUACAUAGUGAAUGGAAAUUUAAGUAUUACGUUUUAAAACCUGAUUGUACAUUGGUAAUUUAAACAUCCAGUAACAGGAAAAUCUAGGCACACUGAUGUGUUAUACAUACAUGACUGUUAACAUCAGUAAUAUUUUAUGAUAGUUUAAGGUUUUUUAUUGUUUUCUAUACAAGUUAUCCAACAGGUUGGACUUUAUAACAUGACAUCCAAGGACCAAGUUGCAUAUUUAACAUUGAAUGAAAAUGCAGUUGUACAGUUCCAAAAAUAAUUAAUUUUUUAAGGGAAUUUUUCAAGACAAAAGGCAAAUAUUUUGUUUCAAACCUACAAGCAAAUUCAUUCCAAGAAGUGAAUAUAGUAGUAAAACAUAAAGACUAUUGCAAUAAAAAGUUUCCAGGCCAGUGACUUGUUUAAUUACAUUCACAUUUUUACAUUCACUUUGCCUUUCAAAGCAGGAGUAUUUUAUAAAACUGAAAGAAAACUUUAAAUUGUCAAGCUGGUGCUUAAAGGUAUGUAAAAUUUGAUUUAAGUUUAUUUCAUUUCCAAGAAAAGGACCCUGAAAGGAGGGGACAGGGAGCUUCCUAGGUCUGUUGAUAAACUGAUGCUUUGUCAAGUCUUCCAAGUUUUCACUGUAAAUAAUACACCUAACAAUGUAAUUUUGCUGUUUUCUAAUAGGGAAUGGAUGAAUAUAUUAAUGUAUUACAUUUGUUUCAUGAUAAAACAGUUUUCACCGAUACUGUGAAAUCCUUUUUCUCUCCUUUCUAACCUUGCAAAAUACCCUACUAAAUAAAUCAUUUUGGACAUGGAGUGCAGGUGGACACUGUGUGAACUAUCUUUGGUCAGUUAUUGUAGAAAUUGGUAGAUGUACCAAAUAAACUCUAUGCACAUUAAA